AGACCCUGAGCGGCUGAGCCUCUGCUUACCAGUAGCAGGCGGCCGGCCCCUCGCUCUCUCGCAAUACCUUCGCCCCAACUCUUCUCGCACUAGCAAGCGGUAGCUGCUGGCCGCCGGUCACUCACCUCGAUCCUCUUCAUUUCUUGCCAUUCUCGUUCGCCAUCUUUUGGCAAGCACGGCAGAAGAGGAGAGCCCCAGCCCGCGGUUGGCUGCAGGGACGCGUUUCUGCCUCUCGCCGCCCUUGGCUGGCCGGCCGGCGAGUGGAAGUGAGGAAGUUCGUCUAUGGCCCCUCUUGCAGCAAGAGAUUUCAAGGAGCAUUGUUUGGUUGACCGGACGUGAGGUUCUUGCAUUUCUCAAGGCUACAGCGGAAUCAAAGGUGCGCGCGCGCAGCUGGGAGAUGAGCGGCAGGAGGAAGAAGCCUCCUGAUGGUCGGACAGCCGGGGUCACUCUGGAGAUCACGGUCCCUGGAGCCUUGCUUGGAUUAGAUGGCAUGGGAAAAAAGAUGGCGGCCCCAGCGUACCCGCUUCUUGAGUCCGCGUACGACUUGCAGCACCGUGCCCACCACCUCGGCGACCUAAAUGAGGAUUUGAAACCACUCAGGGCUAGAGUGCACUCACCACUUAGGUGGGAUGAGCGGUACGCGGAGUACUUGCAGAGAGUGGCGUCCGGAGAUUCAUACUUUCCAUCUCCCGUUCGGAGACAUGAGCAUCACAAUGCAAGACGUUGCUAUGAUACUCGAUCUUCCACUGGAGGGGCAUCCAGUGACGGGAAUUAUACAGAAUGAGAAUUGUCGUGACAUGGUUGAAAUCCAUAUUGGGAUUAGGCCGCCAGAGCCAGAGGACGGAGACAACUCCAAGAAGACCUUCGGUGUCAGCUCUGCAUGGUUGAGGGAGCACUUCAACGUUUGUCCAUA